UCUCUAACUUUCCAUAAUUUGAUAUCCAAAGUUGUGAGUUUUUAACCCUAAAGAUCAACGGAGAAACACUUGAAGAAGAAGAAGAUGAUGAAAAUUGUGUUUGCAACAGAGAGAUCAGAACUUCCUCGUUUGGUAUCUGCUGCAACUAGAGCUGCUAAUUCACAGAAUGUUUCUGAUUUUAAACGUUGCUUUGAUGUUCUUCGAUACAUGAAGAGUUUGAAUCUCUCGGUCAAAGAUCUUUCCCAUUCCAAAGUGAUACUUCCUUUGGAGAGUCUAAGGGAUCACGAAAACCCUAAGAUACGAAUGGAAGCUAACGUCUUGUUCAACUCAUGGAUGAAGACUCUUUAUUCCAGUGGACGAAACUCUUCUACUUGCAACAAAGCUAUUCCCCUGAAACUGAAGAAAGUUGGUGUUGUUAAAGUGUGUUCGGAGUUGAAGAAGAAGAAAGAAGAUCAACUAUCUUAUGGCUUUGCGGUUAAGAGUAAGAAAGAGACUGGUUUUUGUGGGAUGAAAAAGAACGAAGAUAAGAGAUCUCAGGUUCAUGAAACCGGAGAGAUGAAACAAAUUGGUGAUUGCAAGUCUUUUGCAUUGAUGAGGACUAUCGAGAAGAAGAAGCCAUCGGCUCUACCAAUGAAAGAUUCAUCAAGGCCUCCUCUCAAGUUGAAGAAGCAUCAACUGGUGAAAGCAUUUGAGAACCCUAAAACUUGUCCUUUCUUGAAGAAGAACUCAACGGAGAUGUUGGAGCUGUUCGAUAUGGCCAAGAAGUCAGCUGAUGUUGCCAAUGCAAAGGGAAUUCUCGCGGCUAAAGAAGAGGCAUCAAUAUGCGUGGAUACUCUCUCUUUACUCAUGGAAUUCCCCAUCAUCUCAACAGCUAGUGAAACAAGACAAAUCAUGGUGAAGCUUGAGCGUCUCACAAAGCACAAAGAUAGAAAGAUAUGCAAUUCCGCAUUAGCGCUUCUUCACCAUUGGAGGCAGAACAUUAGAGAUCAAGAACACUGAGUUGUGUCAUCAGAUAAUCUGCGGAAGACAAGGGAUGGAAAUUAGUAGGAUUGUGACUUGAAAGUUUUGGUUGUUUAUUCGUUUGGUAAAGUAGAGUAGUGUAGUUGCCAAUUAUUAAAUUCCAUUACUUAAA